AAUGACAUGUUUGAAUUAGAGCUCAGUUGAAGGUGAACUCACCACAGACAUGUUUUUGUUUGUUUUUGGUCUACAGUGUGUAUGAGGCCGAGGCAGCAGAGUCAAGAUGGCCGACAAUCCCUCAGAACCACCCGGGCAUACAGGAGGCUAGGCUGUCGAGCAAAAUCAAGCAGCCCUCUGUGUUCAGAUGAUGACUGGGAUUUUAAGUGCCCCUCUGGCUGCAGACUCCAGGGUUUGAUCUUGCAGAUGGAGAAUGAGGUGGAGAAAAAACUGAGAAAGGUGUGUAAGACUGCAAAGAUGUAUGAAGACGCAGCUGAGAAGUCCAUGAUGACGAUGACAAACAUCUACAACUACAACCGGAGAGUCCUAGUCAACAGACACACGUCGGAUCUGAAGAUUGUGGAUCAUGCCGAAGGAUUGGCCAGAAACCUCACGUCACUACGGAAACGAUCAGCCAGCCUGUCGCUGCAACUCAAGGAGCUUCACGGCGACGUUCAGGAGCAGAUCAAGGAAUUGUACCGAAGCGAGGUGGACAUUGACAUGAAGCUGCGAGCCUGCCAUGGCUCCUGCCGGUCGGCUCUACCGUUCAGCGUCGAUCAUCCCAGCUAUCAAACGCUCCAAACUCACAUGGACCAGAUGGACAAGACUAUGAACCAGAAAAUGAAGUCUGCUACGCCCCCUGAAGUCAUCCCACAUAUCAAGCUGCAGCCUGUAGACGUUGGCAUGGCACCGUCUCCAGAAUAUAAGACCAUCCCGACGGUUAAGAGAGAACUGCUGACGGAGUUUGAGGACCUCGGACAGAAUCAGGUUGUUCUGGAGGAACUACUGGAAGAAUCAUCUGAUUUUGAGUAUCUUGAUCUUGCAGAGCUGGACUUGGAAUAGUUUGACUGAGGAGGGUUUGACAGUUAAAGGAAGGAAGCAACAUGUUUCUGCAGGAUUUUUAAUGUCAACAGUA